CUGCCAUCUUUAUUUUUUUGGGGACAAACGCAAAAAUUUCAUCAAUAAUUUCCUCAAACCAUAUUAUAUACAAGCUCUAGAACGUCAUUUUCUUCUUCAUUUGUGGACUAAAAUUUAAGAGAGAAAAUGGGUGUGUUUUCUGCAUUUGGUGCAUGGAUCAAUCAGAACACUCAAGAGGUAAUAUCAAUAUAGGUACUAUUAUCAAUGGCCCAUCAUAUAAUUUAGAUUAUGAUUAUGUGUGCUUGUUCUAGGCCCCUAAGAAAUCUUAGAAUGUUGAAUCUAAGUCAGAGACGGAUAAUAAUAAUAAUAAUAAUAGUAGUAAUGGUCCUGGUAAGAUGGAGAAAUUUUAUGACGAAAAAGAGUGGCAGAGGCAAAAUCAACUUUGGACAGCUGCAGAGAAGAAGCAUCCAUGGUAUGAUGCACCUCCUAAGGUGAAGGUGACAACAAAAAAAGGUCUUUGUCAUAUGCACAUAGAAUUGACAUUGGGGUUGCUUCCUGAUGGAGUCUUCGAACUUUUCACUAAUCCAUAUAACGGACCAACCACCGAACCACUUUUGCUAUUCUUUCUUAUCACUGUAUGAUUUCAAUGUGAUAUUAUUGCAUGUUGAAGUAUAUACUUGAGAGUGUACUCUUUUUCUUGUUAUGAAGAAAAGUAAAUCAAGAAAGGUUCUAAAGGAGGAUGGACCGAGGCAGAUCGCAAAGGUGGAGAAAGCUGUGUCCUGGAACCUCAAUGGGAGGUCUUUUGCCGUCCCCAUAAGUCUAACUGUUGAUGAAAACAGAAAAGAUUUCACAGCAAAAUAUAAGAAAGAGAAAAUGAUGUUGAUGAAAGUGUUCAAGGGUAGCUAUAAGGUGGAACCACUAUACGUAGAUUCAGAACGCUUAUGCAAGAACAUGGAGCCGAAGAGUGUAGAAGAAUACAAAAAAUGUAGCGGUGGACAAGGAAAAAUUGCAUCGAAAGUGAUAAUGGACCAAUACUUUCAGCCAUAUCCUCCUUUUAAUCUGCCACCAUUUUCUUGGUUCAUACGUAAUAUCACCAUUAAGAACACCAAAAAAGUGCUUAAAACACUUCAACGUUGGGGUUUCAGUAUUCGAAAUCCAGGUGUAAUCCUUUCAACUGACAAAUAUGGAAACACAAAAAUUUCUCCUAAACGUUAAUUUAAGAGUUUCCUUUUUUCUUAUA